GGCUGCCCCACACGCAUGAAACCGGAGGGUGACCAAACGCCGAGAGUAUGUCCCCGAUGCCACAAUGUUGCCGUCGUCCGGGUCAAGUCGCGCAUGUGGUUCGAGCUGUUCUGGAUACCCCUCAUCCCGAUGAAGGCUGGGCAUCUCUGGGUGUGCACAGUUUGCCACUGGAACGUGCCGCUGCAACAGGGAUGGGAACCGCCUCUGCCGUACGGUGGGCAAAACCCACUGCCAGGGCCUCCAUAUACCCAAAUGAGCCCGCCUCCGAAUGCAGCGGCAUUUGGAUACCAGCCUCAGUACCCGCCGCAGGUGGAUCAGUCUACGAAGCCUCAUUGA